GACUCAGGAGGCCGAUUCCAUUCCCGAUUUCGUGUUUAAAUUUUUUUUGUCCAAUUUCAAGUCACCAAUUAUGUACGAGCUAACGCUCUCACUGACGCCGUUAAUCUCGACGGAAGGGAAAGGUGUCUUCCUGCCAGACAUUUCAUCCCCGCCUUCAUCACAAACAAUUAGCAGAAGCUCUCCCAUCUCCAUCUGCAUCCCCCCAUCUGUCUUACUGUUACUGUGUCUUUGAUCUUUGAUCUUUGAUCUUCUCUAGUCACUCUGCUAAUGACUGAUCUUACCUUUCUUUACUUCUCUCACCCAUUACGCACAUCAAGAACUCAGAAAGACCACAACAGAAAAUAACCCUAAUUUUGGUUUGUUUGGUCAAUUGGGUUGGAGUGGAAAGCUAAUUUUUUUCAUCUUCUAGAUCUUUUGAUGAUGUCUGCAACAACCAGCAUCAGAGAAACCCUUUAUUUAACGGUUUGAUCCAUUCAAGCCCUAAUCUUGUUCUCACUUCCACAGGAAGAGGGCUCACGAAAAAGCCCUCAAUCGCCAUUUUUCUGUUUGUCUUGUUCCUCUUGGUUUCUGAUGAGAAAACCCUAAAAAUUAGAGAAAAUUGGCAUUUGGGGGUUUGUUGGGUUCCAUUGUGCCACAUCCAUCGUUCCUCUGAGCCAUGUUUUCAACCCCAUUUGUGCUCUCCUUCGCUCUCUUACUCUCUUUGCCUCUGUUAUUUCUUCUCGCUCCUCGAAUCCUUCCUCCUCGUCACGUUCCGAUCUCCCUUCCUGACGAACUUGACGAUCUAGCCCUCUUUCGCCGAGCGGCUCUUGCUUCCUCACAUUCCUCUUCCGCUACCGCUGCUGUUUCACGCCUGGGCACAACUAAUCCCCCGCCAAAGAUCGCCUUUUUCUUCCUCACGAAUUCUGACCUCACCUUCGCUCCUUUGUGGGAACGAUUCUUCAAGGGCAAUGAACAUCUCUACAAAAUCUACAUCCAUGCCGAUCCAUCAGCCAAAGUGAAGUCUCCCGGUGGGGUAUUCGAAGGUCGAUUUAUCACUGCGAAGAAGACCCAUCGCGCGUCUGCGACCCUAAUCUCCGCCGCUCGGAGACUCUUGGCCACCGCACUCCUCGAUGACCCUUCCAAUACCUUCUUCGCUCUGCUCUCUCAACACUGUGUCCCACUCCAUUCAUUCCGUUUCGUCUACCAUUCCCUCUUUGCUUCAUCUCCCGCCGAUUCAUCGGAUGAGUCUGAUUCGUAUUGGUCCCGAUUCGGGCGAGUCAAGUACCGAAGCUUCAUAGAGAUACUGGACAAAGAGCCAACUCUUUGGGAUAGGUACACAGCGAGAGGGAAGGGGGUGAUGAUGCCGGAGGUACCAUUCGAAGAUUUCCGAGUUGGGUCACAGUUCUUCGUAUUGACGAGACGCCACGCGUUGCUGGUAAUCAAGGAUCGGAGGCUAUGGAGGAAAUUCAGGCUACCCUGUUUGAAGCUUGAGUCUUGCUACCCAGAAGAACAUUACUUUCCCACUUUACUUUCCAUGGAGGAUCCCAAAGGUUGCACCCACUACAGUCUCACAAAUGUGAAUUGGACUGGAAGCAUCAAUGGUCAUCCUCAUACCUACCGGAGUGCCGAAGUGUCUCCGGAGCUAGUGUACAGGUUACGGUUUUCCAAUUCAACUUACUCGUACCUGUUUGCCCGGAAAUUCUCGGCGGAUUGCUUGCAACCCUUGCUGGAGAUCACAGAUAGUGUAAUUUUCCGGGAUUAAAGUGGAACCCAACAGGCAAAGAAAGCAGCAAGUCAGGGGCAUCAAGUGGAGAGAGACUCAAAUGAGGAAAGCAAAGCAAAGCAAAGAUAAGAGAUGAGAGGGAAUAAGGUUUCGCGGGAGGCUUCAGAAGAAAAGAUUGAAGCCAGAAAGAGAGAGAGUGUGUGUGUGACAGGAGCCCCAACUCAAAAGCCAAAAGAAGUUUUGGUUUUGUGUGAAGGUGGUGGUGGUGGUGGUGGGGGUAGUGAUGGGUUGAUUAAUUGUGAAGUCAGGUGGGGACUGACUACCUAUGGUUUGUAUAUAUUUUGUAGUUUUAUUAUUUAAGUGUGAAUUGAAAUCAUCAUCCUACUCAUAUACCCCUUUUUUAAAGGUUGAAAACUUAAAAAAGAAAAAAGAGAAAAAAAUAGACAAGGCACUAUGGCCAAAUAUAUGCCCAA